UCCCUGUUCUAUAGCAACAUUCAGUUAUGUAUGUUUUAGUAUUAAAGUCACUCGAGUGUUUGGCAUUAACGCAGUGGCAUCUUCAUGGCGUGUCUUAUGUCUGAUUGAAUUGCGCCACAGAGUAGGGAGAUUACAGCUGUUAUACAGCGGCUGCUGUAUUUUUAAAUUGGAUAACGGAAGAAACGGGGAGGGAGGAGUGUGUCUCUGUGUCCGUGUCGCCGUGUCUGCACCACCACCCUGGCUGUCACCCCCCCACACCUCCUCCUCACCACCACGCCCUCCUCUGAUCACAUGACCUGCCUGCUCCCCCCCCCACGCCUCCAUCCCAUCACCCAACACGCUUCUCCCUUCUUUUCUUGCAGGGCCCCAUGGGAAAUCUCCUAAAGGUGCUGGCUUGCGCCGAACUUGAGCCUGGCCAAAUAUUUUUCCUUGACUUUGAAAAUGCCCAGCCGACUGAAGCGGAGACUGCAGUGUGGAACCAGGUGAACGCUGUGCUGGAGGUGGCUCACGGGAUACUGGCGGAGCUGCAGUCCUAUAACGGGGCGGGGCAGGAGAUACGAGAGGCCAUUCAGAACCCCUGUGACCUUCAGCUGCAAGAACAGGCCUGGAAUGCAGUCUGCCCCCUAGUGGCCAAACUGAAGCGCUUCUACGAGUUCUCCCUGAGACUGGAGAACGCCUUGCGCAGCCUGCUGGAGGCGCUCACGAGCCCCCCCUACGCCCCCAUGCAGCACCUGGAGAGAGAGCAGGCCCUGGCCAAGCAGUUCGCUGAGAUCCUGCACUUCACACUCAGCUUCGACGAGCUCAAGAUGACAAACCCGGCCAUUCAGAAUGAUUUCAGCUACUAUAGAAGAACCCUCAGCAGGAACAGGCUAAACAACCUACAGCAUGACGCUGAGAACGAGGUCAACAACGAGAUGGCCAAUCGGAUGUCUCUGUUCUACGCGGAGGCCACGCCCAUGCUGAAGACCUUGAGCAACGCCACCACCAAGUUCGUCUCCGAGAACAAGACUCUGCCCAUUGAAGACACAACAGACUGCCUGAGCACCAUGGCCUGUGUGUGCCGGGUCAUGCUGGAAACACCAGAGUACCGGUGUAGGUUCACUAACACAGACACCAUGCUGUUCUGCAUGCGGGUGAUGGUGGGAGUCAUCAUCCUGUAUGACCAUGUGCACCCCGUCGGGGCCUUCGCCAAGACCUCCAAGAUCGACAUGAAAAGCUGCAUCAAAGUGUUAAAAGAGCAGCCUUCAAACAGUGUAGAAGGGCUGCUGAAUGCAUUGAGGUACACUACGAGGCACCUGAACGAUGACAGCACCUCCAAGCAGAUCCGAGCCAUGCUGCAGUGAGCGGGCAGAGGAGGGGGUCCCUGGGAGAGUGGUGCAGACGAGCAGAGGGGGCGGGGCCAUCUCCCCUGAGAAACCCCACAGACUCAGUGUUUGUGUACAUAAAUUAAUGCAAAAUUAUUUUAAUGUUAAUAACAACCCCCCCCCCCCCCCCCCCCCCAAAUAAAAUCAUCUGUG